AUAGUUUUAUUACAACAACUUCAUGAUUGCCCAUCAUCAUUUUGAAAACGUAUAUUGCUCGCAAAAGAUCAUUUUAAAAAAUCUGCCACAACAUAAGAUUGGUCACAAAAUAAUAAUAAUAAUUAUUAAAUGGUUAAGAGUCAGAAAUUUUCUCAAAAGAAAAAAAUAAUAGUGAAAUUCAGAUAAAAGUCCCAAAUCCAUGUAAGAGACAAAUGUGAAAGGAAAAUUUCAUAUGUUUGCAAAAUUUUUCAAUGAAAUAAUCAUAUAGUUUAACAUAUUUUACAUUUUAACCCAGUAAUAUAACUGACAGUAAAUACUACAUUUGUGCAAAAUCCUACUUCUACAUGUGUGAUGCAAAAAAGUUUUUCAAACGGAGUAAAGAAUCUUUGGAAAAAGAUAUGAUAAAUUCAUCUGCUCAGAAGAUUUAAUUAAUUUCGAGGCUAAUCAUUUUAAAAAAAUAAUGACAAAAUAGAUUAUUGCAACAAAUACUAAAAAUAACUAGGGGGCUUCGCGCGCCAACCUCCAAUUGCUCCCUGCAGUGGGUGAUGAUUGAUGAUUUUAAUGGCAUUUUUAUCAAUUCAUAUCUCCGGUCAACUAAAGCUUAGUGGGGUGAGACACUGCAAAAUAGCUUCCCCUGGAUGUCCUGUAUCCAACGGUAUCAGCACUGACCUGAAAACGUUGACACUCCGGAGGAGAUAAGUUAAAAAUCACACAGACAUACACACAAAGAUGCGAACAGAUUUUAAUAGUAUAGAUCAGAGGUAGAGAAUGUACGGUCUGUGCGCUGAGUUUCAUGUGCGCUGUGUGUUUCUCCGUGAGUUCCAUUCGGCAAAUUGAGAAUUAAUACUCUACCCAAAAAAUUGUUCGGGACGUUAAAUUCAUGGCAUAUGUAUGUAAUGUACGAGUUGCAACAGUUACAAAUGAAUCUAAAUAUCAAUUUUCUUUCUUUUUGGUUCAAGCAAUUCGCAGAAUUCUUUUGUUUAUUUUUAACCUCGAGACAAAAAAGAAUAGUAAUAAUUAAAAUGAAUAAAGAAAACAGGAUUGAUUUUUUUUUUUUUUUUUUUGAAUGAAUAUUAUGUGCAUUUUUCUUGAAGAAUCAAAGAACAAUGAACAUGUGAAAAAGUUUUCUUAAUGCUUGAUUUUUGCUAAUAUUAAAAUUUCUAUCUUUUCAGGUGUAAUCAGAAACACACCACAAGUCAAUCCAUAUCCAUCAUGCGGCAUUGGUCAACACUGGGACGGAUUUUAAUAGUGGUUUUGUACCUGUGGAGGACGCCGCUAGCCAGUGGUCAGUGCCCAUGGUCCAGAGAACUAGUGGACCUGCACACUGACUGCGUGUGUGCCUACAGCAACAGCCAGAGACUUUCCAUCCAGUGUAGUCCGGUCAACUUCACGAAACUGGUCUCGACGCUGCGGUCUUCAGUGAUGGGCAUCCCCAUUGACCUCCUCUACGUCAGCAACAGCACCAUCGAGAUCCUCGCGAACAACAGCUUCGACGGUCUGAGGAUUCAGAGCCUCCAUCUUUCUAAGAGCAAGGUCAGAGAGGUGGAGGAUGAGGCCUUCAGUGACCUGGAAGAGAGUCUCACGAGUCUCAAUUUGCAGGACAACCUCCUGAGGGAAGUGCCGAUCGAAUCCUUGAAAAGACUGAGUCAUCUACAAAUGCUGGACUUGUCGCACAAUCUUAUACAAAGAGUGGACGAUGAUGCAUUUAAAGGUCUGCCACUCUCAACUUUAAAGCUUUCGGACAACAAGCUCAACAUAUCUCACUUCGCCUUCCGCGGGCUGGAAGGCACCUUAAAGAACCUCAACCUCCAGGCAGCUGACCUAACAGAAAUACCCAAAGCAAUCCAAAGGCUGAAAACACUGGCAUUCCUAGAUCUUGCCCAGAACAAGAUCCAACAGUUGGAGCCAGAGUUCCUGGCAGAAAUGCAGUCCCUCACUGCCAUCAACUUGGAGAGAAAUAAGAUAAGAGACAUUGAUGAGAAAGCUUUUGCUGGAGUCAAUGCCACAUUGAGCUCCCUGUCGCUGCUCAACAAUCAACUGAGUGAAUAUCCGCUGGAAGCCAUUGCUAUGCUCACAGAAGUACGGGUACUGGAUUUAGGAUUCAACGGAAUCGCCUCUUUGCCUCACGAUGCUUUUAAGAAGAACAAGUACCUUACCCUUCUAGCUUUAGAUGGGAACCCACUGCCAACUUUACCGGUAGAAGCAUUUUCACAUCUCAACUCUACUUUACGGGGACUCAGUCUUGGAGGCUCUGCGCUGCGAUGCGACUGCCAGCUGCGCUGGGUGGCAGAAUGGGCUGAUGACAGAGAUCUACAAGUGACAAGUCGCGAGAGGAACCCACAAUUCUGUGGCAGUCCAGAGCACCUGCGUCGACGCAUUUUCCAGAAGCUGUUGCCUUCAGAUUUUACAUGCGACAACGAGACGCGGCCACUACCCACCAAGAGACCCAAGCGUCUCAACGCUGACUUCGACGCGGAGAGAAACAACGACGUUGCCGACAAGGUCAUGCAGAUAGUGACAAUCGACACACAUCUCGACAUCACGGGUACCACGAGAGCUGAUUCAAAAGGAAACUUUACAUCAAACGAUGAACCUGUUCGGACAGGGAGUGUUAACCAAAAGAAAGAAGAUAAUCUCAGCAUGAUCCGCAUAAAGCAUGCAUUCAAGAGGGAUUCUAGUCUAGUCUUGGAAUGGGAACCAGCCAAAGAAUCUAUCAAGGGAUAUCAGGUGUUGAUUCGCAUGUUUGGAAGUCGGGAUCUCAAACGGAUUAUUCCAAUUCCCAAAGACAAGAGACGACUUCAAGUAGAGCAUCUGCCUUUGAGCCAAUGUAUUGUAGUUUGCGUCAUCGAGUACGAAGAUCCAGCGAAUAUUAAAAUCGAAAGCAUACCUUCUAAACAGUGCAGGGAACUAAAAGGUGAUGACAGCCGAAUCUUAUCGAUAGACAAGAUCGCGAUAGCAGCCGCUGCUGUCGUCUGCAUAGUCGUCAUCAUCGGAGCUCUAAUAGUCAUCCUCUUCUACUUCAGAAGACGAGAACUUCUUUCAACCCCAUCAUCAUCUUCCAUGCACCCCCACGUAAGCCCACCAGGUGUUUUGCCCGCCAUGGUGAAGCAGCAGCCACCCCCAGAAACUGACUGGGAAACACUAUCGUGGAACAGUGGACGAAGUACUCCAAAAACCAACGUGCAAAAUUGCUUGGUGAGCAAGUCUGGUACCACAAGUCACAGUUUUGUGCUCAGCGACGGACAACUCCACUCUACUCUGAAAGCACCUAGAUCUUUAGCAAACGGAUUUUCGAAGUCGUAUUCCACACAUGACAAUGAAUCAAGGUUGUCAUAUUCCCAUAUUUCUAAGGUUUCUCCAAAUAACCUCGACAUUCAAAGGUCCAAAUCGUUGAAUAGACCAAACGGUUACCACCACCCUUACACCGGGGGAUACAUCAAAAAGAAGAAACAGAGACCAAACGGUCGCCUGGCCUCUGCCAGUUCAUCAACAGAAUGCGAAUCCGACUGGAACGGCAGGUCGAUUUGGAAGGACAACGACGUCGACAUCUACAUCAGCCAAAACCAUAUGGUACCAGGAGUAAGGAAAUACAGGAAGGAUUAUAGCAUUAGAUGAACUGCAAUCCGUUUUCCUUUGGAACAUUAUGACCAAAUGUGCUUCCUUCAUCCCCAUAGUUAUUUUGAACUAUAAACAAUGCAAUUCUGCGACACAUUUCAUCAACUAUUCUUCGAAUAUCGACUUGACAUUCUCAGUAUCCAUUCUACAACGGCAGUGAGCAACAUCAGAGCAUACAUGGACUGAAAGACAGUCAAAUGAAUUUCAUUUUCUGCAUCAUAAGAUGUUAAUGUAUUCUGCAGGCAGAACUUCAUAUCAUAAUGAACAGGACUUCUCAAACAAUGAGGGGUGGUGGGUAUUCUUAAGGGCAUACAAAUACUGCUGCUGGGUUGAAGGUACAAGCAGUAUUGAAAUCUUUCCAAAUAAUUAUUUAUUUUCCACAUGCUCAUGAGAUUUCUAGCUUUUCUAAUCUCUUAGCCCUUUUAUUUACAAAUUAUAAUAGGAAAAGAUUGGGAUAUUACAUCUGAGAGCAGGCAAAAAAAAAAUGGAUUAAGAAUCAACGAAAGUUUUCAAAAAGAAAAAUAAUCUACAUUAAUUUAAGCACAAUAAUGUUCGAUGGCAUUUGAGCAGUAUUUAUUUCAUCUAGUCUAGACGACGGCGAGUUUUUUUUUUUUUCCAGGUAAGUUGACAAUUUUAAGACAUAAUUUCAUUGUAAAAAUUACUAAGAAGCAAUCGAAAUCGCAAACGAGGCAGUAUAGGAAACUAGUUCAAGUCUGUAUUAGCCUACAGAAUUAAACGAAAUAUGAGACUGGAAUCGCUUACAAAUUGAUGUUUCGUUUCUUAUUAACUUGAAACAACUUAGAGCUUCACAUUUUUCUAAAAAUGUGCGUUAAUAUGUUUUAAUUAUAUAUUAUGACUGUUUUUGAGCUUUCGCAAAUUCUUUGCUUCCUUGUUGACAGCUAUCAAGGUAAAAGAUGAAAAUGACUGAAAAAUUAGUUCUUUAUAGGGUUAAAACCAAAGUUUGAGAAGUCCUGAUUGUACAAAGUAUAAUGCCACACCAUGAAAAAUGUACCAAUAUAACAACAUAUGUAUAUUGUGAAACAAAUAAAAACAUUAUACAAUGUCUUUCUUAUGAUUUUCAAUACGCAAAUAACAGAACAUUUUUAUCAACAUAGUAUUUUAUAGUCCGCGUUUUUCUCAUAAUUAUGGAGUGCAUGC